AUGUCUUCCAUCUCCAUUUUUAAUUUUCUUACCUCCUAUCUUCUCCCUCGCCUACGAACAGCGGCGACUCUUCUUCCACUGCGUAUCCGACGAUUUCAUCGACUCCCGCAUCUGCCGGUCACGUCCCGACACUGGCUCACGCUUAUUGCUGCGACUCCUUCGGCUUUUCUCUCUACGUGCCCACAUGUGCUGACUACAACUACGAUAUUGGCUCACGCCUAUUGCUACUUCGACAUGAACAAAGCAGCGUAUCAAUUCAUGGUGGAAUGCCGCCAGAGCAAGCGCCAGUGUGUCCAAUACUGGACAGAGAUGCAGCAGUACGCCCAGGAGCUGAAGAACUGGACGACUGAGGACGGCAAUGAGGCCUAA